AGGUCUCUCGUCCUGUCUGCUGAAGUUGCAGGAGCUGCUCUGAGAAGCUGCGAACAUGGCUGCCACUGGAACUUUCCGUCUGGUUUCAGAAGAAGAGCAGGCAAUGAGGUCAAAGUUGGAGCGUCUGACGGUGAAGGAUCACGGGCCGGUGUUCGGACCGUGCCACAAACUGCCCGGCCACACCGUGCAAAAGGCGAAGGACGAGCUGAAUGAGACGGACGAGAGACGGGCCUCAUCGCUGAAGGGCCUCCGGGCCGUGAUGAAGGAAAGGGCGGCAGAAGGAGACGACUUGGCCAAACUGGUGCAGCAGCGCUUUAAGGACAAACCAGACUCUCUGCUCCUGCGUUUCCUCCGAGCACGCAAAUUUGAAGUUAUCAGGGCUCACGAGCUUAUGAAAGGUUAUGUGCGCUUCAGGAAGGAGUAUCCUGAGCUGUUCGAGAACCUGACCCCCGAGGCCGUCCGCAGCACCAUCGAGGCAGGAUAUCCGGUAGUUCUGCCUACCAGAGACAGGCUUGGUCGUGUGGUCCUGCUCUUCAACAUCAACAACUGGGACCUGGAGGAGAUCACUUUUGAUGAGGUCCUGAGGGCGUACUGUGUGAUUCUGGAGAAGCUGCUUGAAAGCGAAGAGACUCAGAUCAAUGGCUUUGUCCUGAUUGAGAAUUUUAAAGGCUUCACUAUGCAGCACGCUUCGGGAAUAAAGACCGCUGAGCUUAAAAAGAUGGUGGACAUGCUGCAGGACUCUUUUCCUGCUCGUUUCAAAGCAGUUCAUGUCAUUCACCAGCCCUGGUACUUCACCACCACCUACAACGUGGUCAAACCCUUCAUGAAGGCCAAACUUCUGGAGAGAGUCUUUGUUCAUGGGGAUGAGCUGGAAAACUACUUCAAGGAAUUUGACGCAGAUAUCCUGCCUUCAGAUUUUGAUGGUAAAGGUUCAGUAGCUGACUACCAAGCCAUCGCCACGCAGCUUUUUGGCUCUGAAGACACGGCCCUCUGAAAAAACGAUCAUUGUUUGUUUUCAACCAGUGGCUUCAUCACAAGACGCUUCGUGAUCAGAUGAAACGUGGACUAUACAUCGAGAGCUAGGCUUUUUCUUAUUCAGACGUUUUAGAGCAGAGAAGAAGUGGACAGGAAAUUAUAGAAAUAGAGGAUCAUUUACAGAUGAAAAAUGAGAUUUAAAAUUAAAAAAAAUGUGUUAGUUGUCACACAAAACAACUUAGUUGCGAGUUAACAGUUGUUACUUUAUGUACUAAUGAUUCUGUUAUUGCGUGAGUGGAGAAAGGACAAGAAAGUUGCUGAUCAAGGAUCUAAAUAACAUCCUCAAUGCCGUCACUUUGUUUUUCACCUUAAAGGUUUAUAGAAACGGUCGUGAAAUCUA